AUGUCGCCACUCUUCUCCUCGGGUCUGAUAGGAUCCGAUGAUCCGCUAAAGCGCUUCGCGGCGCUUAGACGACGGAACCCCUCCAAUGUAAUCCAGAGGCUCGAUGCGAAGAGAAUUGCUGUGGGCCGGAAAUUUCGUCGAAGCGCCAUGGCGCUGUUGUUCACGACUCUGUUUUGGUUCGGGGCGGCCGGAGUUCACGCACCUAUAUCGCAAGCAUCGACUGCACCAACAGCUCGAAUUGAACGAGUCCUUUCGUCUACUUCGCCUUCACUCGAUAAGAUUGUUGAUCGCUACGUCAGAAAACAUAUGUUUGAUGAUGACACGUUCGAUCCCGUUGAAUCAGCUUACCGCGAGGCGUACGAAGACGCGACGGUUGGAGCAUACCCGCAAACUUUGAAAGAGAUUACGAGUGGUACACUUGGACAAGAAAGCAAUGGGCUUGCGAGCAGAGAUGGCAGUGAAAGCUCGGGCAUUGGAGCCCUCUUAACUUCUGUCGUCGGAGCAUUGAAAAAGCGCGGGCUGAGUGAGUCGGCUGCGAUUGUAGUUCUAGCUGGGCUUUUUGUUGUGGCGGGUCCGUGUACUUUCCUUUUCACUGGAAUGAUCAUAGGAGGCAUGUCAAAACGCAGCAUAAACAGAACCAUGAAACAGCGAUACGGAGAUACGUACACCGUCGAUGCUACCAUGAAGCCCGAAGAAUCUGUGGAAGCUCCAGAGGACGAUGAUGAAGAAGACGACGACGAUGAUGAUGAAGAGGACAGUGACGACGUUGAGGACGAAGAUAAGAAGCGCAGUUAACAGUAAAUUAUUAAUAGCUACCCGCUCCGUUGGGG